AUGCACUUUCAAUCAUUCUUGCCUCUCGCCUUCGUUGGCUCCGUACUUGUUGCAGCCUACGGUGGUCCACUUGUCACCAACGGCAGAUGGAUUGAAAAUGAUAAAGGGGAAAAUGUUACUUUUGCCGGAAUCAACUGGCCCGGUGCGGGAGAAACAAUGACACCAGAAGGACUCCAAUACAAGGUAAGAACUUCCUUUAGUUUUUAGAAAACUCGUGACGGGGAAAUAGAAUUAUACUAAUUAAUGGGUUGGUGUCUAGUCAAUUGAGGCUAUCGUUUCAGAUAUUAAAAGUUUAGGUAAGUAACCUGCAAAACACACAAAUUUUGCACCCACUAAGACAUCUGAACAGGAAUGAAUGCCAUUCGGUUAACAUUCGCAACUGAAAUGAUUGACCAGCAUUUUGACAAAGGAAAAGAUACACCACUUCUAGAGAGUUUCCAAGCAGCACUUGGGCCAGAUAAUGGCCAAGCGGUUUUCGACAAAGUCCUCGCUAACAACCCUACCUUCACCCCCGAAACGACAAGACUGCAGGUCUUUGAUGCAAUCGCCGCAGAAGCAGACAAGCAACAGAUUUGGAUAGUUCUCGAUAACCAUAUCUCAAAGGGAAUGUGGUGCUGCAAAGAGUACGACGGCAAUUCUUGGUGGGGUGACACUCAUUUUAAUACGGAUAACUGGAAGCGAGGUCUCAACUUCAUGGCCACUCGAGUAAGUGCUCUACACUCUGGCGAAUGGGAUUUGAUUAACAAUAAAUGUAGGGCAAAGACUGGAAAAGCUUAGUGGGCCUCGGUGUAAAUGAACUCCCAUGAGAUAUUUGUGCUUCUGAGUUUCAAUGACUAAUGUUCUAAAAAGCUACGAAACGAAUUAAGAAAACCAACAUCAGUGCCUGCCGCUGAAGCAACCUACAACUGGGCAACCUGGUACAAGAACAUGGUAAGUCCCUUAAGUUAACCAAAGUACCAUCAAGUGUGAGACAUCUCUAACAGCUUUCUUUUUUUGCCUUGCUUAGAUCCCAGCUGCAAACGAAGUAAAUGUCGCCAAUCCUGAUCUACUCAUCUUGUACAGCGGCCUGUAAGAAUCACCUUCUAUUUCCGUUUAUACCCAUUUUUAACCAGAAUUCUGCUAACAUCACAAUCUAGCAAUUACGAUACAGAUCUAUCAGCCAUCUCCACAGGUCAGCACCUCGGCGAAGAACUCUACUUUAAGAAAGCAGAUUUUACAUACGCCAACAAAAUGGUCCUCGAGCUCCACAACUACCAGACUGAAGCAAAAGAAUGCAGAGAGAUAACGGACGGCCUCUACACAAACGGCUUCAAUGCCUUGGACGAAAACAAUGCAGAAGUACAGAACGUUAUGCCUGUUUUACUUACAGAAUGGGGUCAUGAUCAAACAACUGAGGCGUAUAAGGGAGUUUAUGCCACCUGCUUGGCGACUUGGUUGCCACAGAUGAAAGCUGGAUGGAUGAUGUGGGCUAUUGCCGGAAGGUACGUUUUGAGACUUUGCAAAUUCGGAUAAAAAACAUUAGUUGUAGGGCCAUUCUAACUUCAUACCAGUUAUUACAUUCGAGAGGGCGAGCAAGAUAGAGAUGAGACGUGGGCGCUGUACAACCAUGAUUGGUCAGGAUGGAGGCAGGACGCUGCCGCCGAAAAAUUAAGGAGCCAUGUCGCUGGAUCUUUAGCUUAGCGCCGUGCGAACCGAAUGAAUUUAAAUUGUUUACUGU